AUGGACAUCCAUUCACAACUUGAUGAUCCGUUUGUUAGCUCAGAUUUACUCUAUUAUAAUUUAAUUUCCUCUAUAAAUUCCAAUGGUCUAACGACUUUUGAUCUUCUAACGUAUGCACAUUCCUCCAAUAGAGGAACGACAAGCAGCAUUCUAGCAAAAAGGCUAGGAAGGUCAAUAAGGGAAAUCGAUACAUUUUUAGAUAUUUUGAAAGAGAAAGCAAAUAACACUAUAGAGAGCAACCCUAUUCCUGUUCGGGAAACUGGUGAUGAAAAUAAUGAUGGUGGAGGGGAUAAUCAAGAAAGUGAACCAUACUUGGCACCCACGGGUCUAUUCUCUCUUGAUAAACACUUAGGUGGAGGCAUUCCAAUAGGAGAAAUUACUGAAGUAUUUGGAUCUAGUGGAUCAGGAAAAUCACAGUUUUUAUUUCAUUUAUCAAUGCAUUGGCAGACGAUAAAAGAAAUCCGAAAACAUAAAUGUGAAUGCAUUUUUAUAUCAACAGAAUCUCCAUUACAAACCGGUAGACUAGAAGGUAUAGCAAAGUCCAUUCCUGGUACCCUGUUAGAAAAAAUAACUUAUAUAUAUUGUCCAGAUCUUGAAAGUCAGGAUCACAUAAUGCAAACACAAUUACCCGUUCUAUUGAAGAAUUCUGAGCGAAAUUACGGCCUUAUUAUUGUGGACAGUAUUUCACAUCAUCUUCGUAGGGAGGAUGCCAUCUCGAAUGUUUCGUACCUUCGGACAAGUAUUGCACAACAAGAGGAAAAACUUACAUCUCUUUCAGGCUAUGCUGGUAUAAAAAAGAAUAUUGAUACCCAAUAUGACUCAUUCUUCAAAUCAACAGCGAAUUAUAGAAAUUUUGCAGCUAGAUCCCGCUAUUCAAUUGAAUUGUAUAGCCAGUUACAGAAAAUAGCCAAAGAUUACAACCUUGCAAUUGUAAUUGCCAACCAGGUUAGCGAUUCAUUCGAUAGUGAUAAGAGGAAGGGUGUUAGCAUUAGUGAUUUUGACGAUAAUCAUUUAAACUACGACGUGCAAGUUGCAUUUAUAUCUGGUUGGGAUAGAAAGACGGUGCAAAAGCAUAUACAAAAGCUUGACGUUUCACCAAUGGCAAACGAAUUGUAUACUGACCUAAUGAAAUCUUUUGAUUCAAGUAGAAAUACAAGGAGAAAGCUAAAUGAGACUGAACUUGAUCCAAGAAAUAAAAGCGCUUCUAGAAAUCUCACCGAAAUGCAAACUAGUCUUGUAAAUGAUUUACACCAAGAGACAGGGGGGAGUACGAAGAAAUAUGUCGCAGCAUUAGGUUAUCACUGGAGCCGGAGAAUUACUACACGUAUUUUAUGCAUGAAAACCUAUAGGCCAUCACUUCAAGCACCUGCCAGAGUGGACACUGAAACAGGAAUGACAUACGAGCAGCUAUGCGCAGGUUUCGAAGUUCCCGCUGAUGAUGAUCCGGUUCCAACAAAGAAGAGGUCAGAUCAGAUUUUCAAUAACUACCAACCACAAUCUCUUGCAGAAUUGGUUGACAGCUGGAAAGUAGAAAGAUUCUUUAGAGUUAUUGCCUCAUCCCAUUCACUGUCUAAGAAAAAUCACCACAUAGAUAACAUUCCUUUCUCAGUUAAUAGCUGUGGGAUUAGGGAAGGAAAUUAA